CACAAUAACGGGUCUCACUGGGGGACGGCGGAACCGCAGCCCUGCCGGCGGCUGGCUGCCGGGGGAGAUUAAAACCAGUCCUACCGGCUCUCGCGACGUGACAGACUCCCCGGGAGCGCGGCCGAGCUGUCAGUGAUGGUGUGAGGAGGACCCGCCGCGGCAGACAUGUGGAUUUUCCUCUGGAUGAGUCUCGUGAGCGUCUCUCCGGGUCCCGGCGGCGCGGACAGAGCCUGUCCCCGGAAAGAGCCUCCUCCUGGCGUCGUGGUCGUACCUCCCGGCCGUGAGCUGGUCCUGACCUGCAGCGGCCAUGUGAGCGUGGACGGGGUCAAAGUUAACCUGACCAGGAAAAACCCAGACGCCAGCAAAAGAAGCAGUUCUCUGAAUGUCGCCCCAACCAGUCGGAAAAUUCCAAACGGUGUGUCUAAUGAAAGUGUUAAAAACCCUUCAGAGGUCACUGCAGAUGGCGAACGCCUCCGAGUCAGACGCUCGGACGCAGCCUUCACGGCUUCCCCUCAUACGGCCUUCACGACCAGAGCAAACAGAGCUGGGUCCGACUGGGAUGUGGAGGAGACGGAGGUCGAGGCCGAUUACGAAGAUGAGGAGGGGGAGGAAGGCAGCAGGGUGACGAGAGGUCUGAGGUCAAGGCCUCAGUGGAGCUGGAACAGGAGCGCAGUGGGGAGAGGAGAGAGCGACUGGGGAGGAAUCUCGUUUCGGAGGAGCGGAGCUUUGCUGAAUCUGUCCUCAGUACGACUCUCAGACUCUGGGAAAUACGCUUGUUACUCCAGAGGCAGAGAAAGGUUCUCUGUCAAAGUCAUCGUCGCAGACCCUCCCGAGAGUCCGUCCCUGUUCUGCUAUAAGAAGUCACCCAGCAGUAAAAUCCGCUGUGAGUGGACGCCUCGGAGGCCCGUCAUCAAAAACCCUUACUGUUACCUCUUACUGAGUAAAGGAGUGACAGUCCGUCCACACUUCAGUCGUGUUCCUUGCUCGUACUCGUCUCAGCACUCCCGCUGCUGGUGCGCUCUGGACUACAAUGACGACGAGCAGCGAACCCUUCACAUGGCCUACCUGUGCGUUACGGGCAUCACGGGGAAUGCAACUAGCAGCCUGCUGCACUUCACACCUCUGGACAUCUUAAAGCCGGACCCGCCGUCAAACGUGUCGGUCCGGCAGGAGGAGGGACGCCAGACGAGGAUGAAGGUCAGCUGGAAUCUACCGACGUCGUGGAAGCAGCAGGACAGCCACUACUCUCUCAUCUACGAGAUCAAGUAUCGGCCCGUCACCUUCUCGCCUGAACAUUCGCAAAACAGUACCAUCAAGGACUCGCACUCCCACACCAUCACCGACGCCCUUCCAGGUGUUGAGUACGAGAUACAGGUCAGAGCCCAGGACGAGUACGAUGGACACUGGAGCGAGUGGAGCUCACCUGUCUAUGGCAGGAGCUGGACAGCUGCAGUCACAGAGAUCGAUGACUUCUCCACCACGGUGUUUGACCUGAGCGACCUCAUCGAAGGCUCAGGUUCUGGUGCGGAUGGAGAGCUCAUUGUCUCGGUCCCGAAGCCUUCGGCGGCGCCGCAGUUUGCCCUCUGGAUUGCUGGACUUUUCGCUCUGCUGUCGGUCAUUCUGACUGCCUUCAUCUUCAGACACAAGGACAGAUUUUUGUCCAAACUCAGUAAUCUCAGUGCCGUCACUCAGUUUGGGGAAGUCCCUCCACCUCCUCCCGCUGUCACAGUUACCCCAGAAGGACAGGCUCUGGUGACCUUUGACCCUCCACUUUACAAAGAAGAAGAAGUCGAAGAAGAAGAAGACGCACCACAGAGGAUGGAAGCCAUGCACUUCAGCAACACAAGUUAUUUCUUUCUUCAGAAGGAGUGAUUUUCAAAGAAAAAAAAUGGAGAAAUGACUGAAUAUGACCAGUUUCUGCUGGUGGAUUAACGCCAUACUCAGUGUUACAGAUGCCAAGAUAACAUGAGGCUUUACUUCUGAACUUAAACUGGGAGAAAACUCAGACCAGCUCGUAUAAUCUGUGCAUUUACAUUCUAACUUUAUCUGAUGCCCAAAAAUACCUCUAACAAACUUUUUACUGUAUUUUCUCAAAAAUAUUUUGUCUAUAAUUUUAUAAAAAAUGUUAUAAAAUGUUGUACAAACCGUAUAUAACAUGCAUGUAUUAUAUAAGCUGAUACAGGCUUUGGUUGUACAUAUGAGUGAGGUGUGUGUAAUAAAGCUGUUUUCUGAAAUGUG